GCACCACUGAGAUCAACCAAAACAGAAGGCACGGUUGAAGAGGUCUCUUAGAGUGAGCAGAGGAAGCAGAGCUCUGGAAUUAUGCGGAAUUGUCGCUUAUGGUAGUGACAGGAAUCCCGUGAAGGUGAACAUAGUUCAGUGAUUAACCAUUGGUUGAGUACGAGGUGGAUGGGUCUUUGUGUUGUUCCACUACCGCUUACUAGAGUCGCUUCCUUUAAACGUUUUGCUAAACGUUACACCAGUCGGCUGCUCGUCUACCUGCUUUGAUUCAACAGGUGAAGGAGAUUGUGAUGGUCAUCAAGUCGAGUGACUGUCAAUCUUGAAUGGAUCUCUUUUAGUGCUCCAUUGAAUGAUACGUAAAUGAAGCGAAGCGAUGAAGAACGAAAUCCCUUUUCCUAAGAGGACCGUCGUCAACAUGCGAAGAGAUCUCCGACAAGAAGAGCUACUCGUUCUGCUGUUCGUAAUCAUCGUAUCCAACGAGUUAGUUUAUGCCUGGCCUUCCCUUGCUCUCAAUGAUCUCUCCCCUCCUCCAGGGAACAGCUUGCAGCUAAAGCUCUUGACUUGCAAUGGCAAGCAGACGUACGGUUGCUUUGCAGGGCAAUGGAAGUUACUCAACGCCACCGCCGAGCUGGUGAAUGCCGAGAAGAAUACCACGAUCAAAUUUGGAUCCUACUACUAUAGCCACCGUUCUCAUUCUGGGGGCACUUGGUCUUUAAUCAACAGUCCGGCAGUGUAUGCAGAGUCUGGCUUCCAGACGAGCGUCGUCUCAGGGACGGAGAUAGCAAGCGAGGAAGCGGGAGAUGGAUGCUCCAGCGCGUUGGCGGAAGCAUCCGACCACAAGCACGCUGGAAUAGCUUCCACAAUCUCCUACAUUCAGAGGUUUCCAGGCAAGACGACGGGUUUACUGUCCGGGAAGAAAUGCAAGCGAGGCUCCAGAGCAAGAGAGGUCCCGUAUGAAGCGGAAUACUGGCUGUGGUCACAAGACAAAGUUCCACCGGCGGACACCCCCGCGGAAGUUCGAGUGUCUGGCGAGAAGCUGGUGGAAGGAUUCUUCUCCAAAGGCGUCGUGUGUCACGUCUACAAUGGGACAGCCUGGGAGGUGCGAGAGUGGAAAGCAAAGUUAUACGACGUUCCCGGUGGCAGCGUCGUCGGCCAGCACUCCAUGAAGAACAGCAGCACCAGCUUGGUGUGGGAGCUUUUCAAUCCCAAUGGCUUUGGAAUUCGCGGGUCAAGCAGUGGUGGAUCCGUGCAAGUCGCCGAGAACUGCAUGCCUUGGACGUUGAAUCACGUCACACACACCUGGGGAAAUGCAUCGCUGCUGGGACCGUUAAGCCAUGUCCAGAUGGUGUCAACGAGGGGUGGAAUGCCGCCAUCGUCGAGCGAAAGCAAGGUUUCAACCUCGGCAUCUCCGCUGGAGCCAUUGACUCCUCGCCCAGCGACCGGCCAAGUUUCCAACACCACGUUUUCGGCGGUGUUUUGGCUCUAUGCUAGAUAGAAGAUAGACGAGCGUCCUCAACUUGUUACACGUUAUUAUCGUCCUCGAAGACUCUUGUUGGACAUCUUGAAUGCCUUCCAAGCUUUCUUCAAGCACGAAGAUGGUCGAGGAUCUAUGUCUUGGAAGCUAAGCUGUCAAUGGAAGCCUCAAAGAUGUA